GCUGCCGUUUAUAAGCACCAGCCUUGGCGUGAUGGCAUGACAUGAUUAGGCCUGGAAAAAUAGAUGGUUCGUUGAAACGCUUACCAUGUGUAAACAAGCGCAGCUUCUCGGUCUGCAUUCAGUGCUGGUGGUUUAAGCGCAGCGGAUGUGUUCUUGUUGCACACUGUUUGUUGAUUUGGUUCAAACUAACUUGGCAUUUCACCCAGCUUCGCAGUUCGUUAUUGUUAAUCGGGUUAAAUAAGGAUAAUGAAUUUCACUACGGUGCAGCCAGCGGAAUAUGGCUGGGAGGCUGUCCACGGCACGUUUGGCAGCCCCGCUAUAUGGGAAUAUGUCGGGCAUUUUUGCGAGUGUGCGGUGACUAGACUGACAUGCUUAACCGUGGUGCUGAGCCUGUCGACCGUGGUGGAUGCACUGAUGACCGUGGCCCUCGUCUGCCUCGUGUUGGUUCUUUAUAAGCAGCAAAACUUGAUCGAACAAACGCAGAGCCGACUGGCCCGAUUGGAAGCCGAAGUGACCUGGAUGGUCGCGGGCGCGGACGGCCGCGUUGGAAUCGAGCACGAUUCCGCAGCGCUGCUUCUCGCCAAGAUCCUUAAGGAACCGGUCUAAUGGAGGCUCGACCGACUACUUGGCUAACGGACUGCACCGACAUCGUGGCCAUAACGAACGCGCUAAUCGAUAUUGGGCACUUACUGCAUGCUCACGCUUUCUUUGACUGCUGCAGCUUAAAAAUGGCAACUAACAAAAAAGGUGCGCUUUAUUAUAUUUUUAUCCCUGCUCACUCUGUCUCAGGGUAAUUCUUCUUGAUGUUACUGUUACUGGUAGCAGUAAUAGAAAUGGAGCUGGUAUUGCUUAUCGUAGUGGUACUUCUUUAUACACAUUUUAGGUGUUCUAUUUAUCCAAAUGUUCUGCAGUUACGAGCUUUAGCUCGUAGUUGCGCUUUAGCAUGGACAGCUUUAGCAUGGACAAGCAUGGACACACAGAUGGAUUUAUUUGUUUAACAAUGUCUUGUUGACCGACAGCUUGCUGUAGACUAUAAUAUGUUGAUAUAAUAAUAUGUUGAUAUACAAAAUCCU